UGAUAAAUAGUGUCAUAGUAUCAUGCUCUGCCUCUUCAAAAAUCAGGCGUGAGGUCGCGAGAACGAAUCACGUUAUUUCCAUGAUGAAGGAACGAAUAUGGAGCCUGUGUGUGGCUACAGCCAUGGUGUUUCUCUGUCUUUUGGUCGUGAUGGAAACUUGCCAGGGCUCUUCUGGUGUUUAUUCUAUGAAGAUGUUACACAAGUUUUCAGAUGAGGCCAGAGACAUAUGGACUCAGAAGCGGGGCACCUCGCCCAUGGCUUGGCCCAAGAAGGGAAGUGCCCGGUACUAUGCAGCUCUCAGCCAGCAUGAUGCACAGCGGAUGAGCAAGCGGCGGGAGCUUAUUGCAGAGUACCAGUCCCUGUAUUUUUCGCAGGGUAACGAGACCGUACAGUAUGGCGAGACCUUUGGAUGGUUGCAUUAUACAUGGGUUGAUAUAGGAACACCAAAUGUAUCAUUUUUGGUGGCUCUUGAUACUGGUAGUGACCUCUUUUGGGUUCCUUGUGAUUGCAUUCAGUGUGCUCCUAGCUCUGCCUCCAGUUAUGGUCUGGAUAAAGAUCUGAGCAUGUACAGACCGGAAAAUUCUAGCACCAGCAAACAUUUAUCUUGUAGCAGCAGCUUAUGCGUGUUAGGCCACAACUGCAAAACGAAGAGAGAGGCAUGCCCUUAUUCUAUGUCGUAUCUAUCUGAUAAUACAAACAGUUCUGGAUCAUUAGUGGAGGAUGUCUUAUAUUUGGCCUCUGGAAGUGAGCUUGCAUCUGGCCAGUCAGUGAAAACACCAGUUGUAAUUGGCUGUGGCCAAAUACAGACUGGUGGCUUUCUGAUUGGUGGGGCUCCAGAUGGUCUUCUGGGUUUAGGGUUUUCGGAUAUUUCAGUUCCAAGUUUGCUAGCGAAAGCAGGAUUGGUGCAAAAUUCGUUUUCAAUGUGUUUUCAAUUGGAUGAUUCUGGAAGGAUUUUCUUUGGGGAUAAAGGAGCUUCAAACCAGCAGUUCACACCUUUCAUAAUUCAUAAUGGAACGGGAUCAGGAUACUUUGUUGGAGUAGAAGGGAUUCAUGUCGGUUCAAAUGCUCUAAAAAUCUCAGGUUUUAAAGUCUUGAUUGAUAGUGGAACUUCAUUCACAUAUCUGCCCAGCAAUGCAUUCAAACGGCUUACUGAAGAAUUUGAUGAGCAGGUGGAUUAUCCAAAACAUUUUUUUGAAGAUGUCCCGUGGGAUUAUUGCUACAAAGUAAGGUCUUCAGAUUCACCUGAGAUGCCCAGUGUCUCAUUUGUUUUCAAAGGUGGAAGCAACUUUUCAAUCUAUAAUCCUGUAGUGAAUUUGUUCUCUGAUAAUGGCACAUAUGAAGGAUUUUGCUUGGCAGUGCAGGAGAGUGAAUAUGCAAUAGUUGCACAGAACUUUAUGACUGGUUACCGGUUAGUCUUUGAUCGCGAUAAUUUGAGGUUGGGCUGGUCUCCAUCUGAUUGUCUGUUGCUUGCGAGAGUAGGCUAUCAGUUGGAUGAAUAUCAGGGGAAUGUGGCUCCUGCUCAUUCACCCGAGAAUGCACCAAAAUCUCCACCUUUACAGCAACAGCAGAAUUCCUCACCACGAGCAGUAUCUCCAGCAAUAGCAGGAAGAACUCCUAAUAUACAUAAUUCUGAUUGUGUGCAGACAAAAUCAAAUUUAAAAACAUCCGUACUAUUUACUUGUGCAGUUACAAUUUUGCUAUUGGGGCUAGGGCACACAAGUACAUGGAACAAGUAGAAUUUUUCUUAUAUUCUUAUCUGUGUGCUUUUAGGAUAUUUUGCACAUAUUUAUGUUUUACAGCUUUUAGGUACUGCCAUGAUUUUCAGUAAGCCUCCACAUUGCUGAGUUAAAAAAAUGGCUUAUUGGGACUACAGAUAAUUUUGUUCAUUUACCUUGUAACCUAUAAUUAAUGAUCCUCAGUUGUGUUAGAGAAAAAUUGUCAGAAUUUUUGGAAUGCUGCUUUUUAGCGUCUCCUGGAUCCUAUUUUACCAGUGAUGGUGCUUCUGGAAUUAGCCUUUAUCAGCUGAAAUUUUUAUACAUGAUCUGAAAUGGUGGCAAUUAAACAACUGUAUAUAUAGCUUUUA